AUGAAAGGUGUUAUGAGAUUUGGGAAGAAAGAAAAAUUAAGUCCUAGAUUUAUUGGCCCGUAUCGAAUCUUGAAAAAGAGUUCAGUUUAUCCUGUUUUCCAUGUAUCGAUGCUACGGGGAUACAAGCCCGACCCCGCUCACAUCAUCUCUCCAGAGGUAGUAGAAAUCAAUGAAGGUUUAACUUACGAAGAAGAACCAGUUGAGAUUCUUGAUAGGCAAGUCCGUAGGUUGAGGACUAUAGAUAUAGAUUCAGUCAAAGUGCUAUGGCGUAAUCAUGAUGUUGAGGAGGCCACUUCGGAGGCCGAGGAGGAUAUGAGAAUUCUCUACCCACACUUGUUUGCAUCUACAGGUUGA